AUGGCCAAGAUCCUCGCCCAACAGCCGCGUUGGCUCGACCAUGGCACGCCCGGCUACGACUUCUUCCAACCCAACGAGAGACACAAAUCGGCACAGUCCGACUCGACAGCAGACGCGCCAUUGAGGAGGGUCGCGCAUCGAGGCAGUGAGGUGUUCGUCGCAGUCGGCAACGAGAUCAGGUGGAGCCAUCUCUCGACCUUACAAGAGGCCGGCGGCGGAAGCGCAACAAGACAUGGACGCCAGGCAUCUGGCCAACAGCCUAUCCACAAAGUGCUGAGGACGCCGGCGUCGAGACCCAUCCAGCAGCUCUCUGUCUCCCCCUCUGGACACUUCAUUGCCGUGCUGACAUGGCACACUUGCCACGUCUGCAUUCUUCCACCCACCGAACACCUGCGCUUCCAGGACAGCCAGCCAAUAAAGCUGCGCUCUUACCAAGUCGGUCCGACCGCACACGUACUCGAGCAAGCAUCUCUGGUGAGCGUGCUCUGGCACCCGCUAUCGCCGUCUGGGAACGCGUUGGUGACAGUCACACAAGAUGCCUGUGUCAGAUUGUGGGAGCUGGAUCAAAACAACAGAAGUACCUUCAACGAGCCUGCCCUUGCCGUCGACCUCAAGAAGCUGGCCAACGCAAGCUCGCAGCGCGAAGACUUGAGUGCGAGCAAAUAUGGCACCAACAAAGGCUUCUCGCCUGACGAUCUGGAGAUGGAGCUUGCUUCCAGCUGUUUUGGCGGCCAAGGCAAAGACGAUGAAGACGGCUGGUCAAGUAUGACUCUGUGGGUGGCUAUGACAGAAGGCGACGUCUACGCCCUAUGUCCAUUUCUGCCUUCAAAGUUCAUCGCGCCCGUCACUUUACUUCCAAGUCUAAGCACUAGUGUGGUCGCGAAGCAGAAGGUGUUCGAUCAAGAUCGCCAAGUUUCAGAUUUCGAUCGAUUGGUCGCGAACCAACAGAGUAGCUGGCUUGCCGACCUCGAUCAGCAAGAGCCCACGUCUAUUCCCGGCCACUACGAUGUGGACGUAUACUCCCGGCCGGAUCGUCUCAGUGCCAUACCUAGACUUCAAGGACCAUUCCAGCUUUCGCCAGAUCCUGAUUUGGGAGAGAUUACCGACAUCUUCGCGGUCGCGCCUAAAGUUAACGAAGAGGCUUACUUCGAUGAUGAGGACGAUUACGACACGCUGAGCAGCAACGACGGGUUGAGCAUUGGCAUUGUCUGCCUGGCGAUGAGCAACAACAAAGUGCACAUCUGUUUGAACGUUGAAGGCGUCGAAGCCGAAUGGCUGCCAUCGAAGCGGUCUCGAGCACAGUACAUGAAUGAUCUUGAUGCUACGAAGGCGCUGCUUCUGCUUGAGAGUGCUGAGCUCGCAGCUGAGCAUCAAGGUGGCAAUGCCCUUGCUUGGCCGACGUUCACAGCAUCACCGACAGAUCGAUACGAGGUUUUCACUACGCAACCUGGUGGAGUCUUCAGCUUGUCCUUCCGGCCUUGGGUAACAGCUCUCGAGGACGAACUGUCUGCGCCGCAGCCGGACGGAGAAGGUAUAGGCUUUCGAUUGAAUGUGAUCAUGGAGUCUGCCAGCACGAGCGUUACUGCCGUCAACAAGUCGCGGGUGCCUCUGCGGGAGAUCAACAGGUCUAUAGCCAUCCUCGACCACCUUGACUCAGAGCUAGGCUAUAUCGUCUUGACUCUAGCACAGAGCCAGCCUCUGGCCACUAUCCUGGACCUUCCUGUGGCAACAAGUCACGCGUUACUUCCUGAAGCGCAGGCUACAGCUGGCGCGUUUGCAGCUCAUGUCCCACGCGCGCCGUACCACCCAGACCCGGCCUUCGACAAGCCGAUCGCUUUACCAGAUUACAUCAGCAAAUGGCGACAAGACAGUGCUCGUGGUAUCGGCGGUGACAUCAAGGGGCAGGUGAGAUUCUCGUCGGACACACUGCAGAAGAUCACCAAGGCGCAUCAAGUUCUCAGCCAUGACACGCAUGCACUUGGUCUUGCAGCUGCGGACCUUUACAGACGCUGCGAGUCCAUGAUGGAGGAGAUGAAGUUCCAGAUUGAGCGAGUCAAGGAGUUGUCGAACCGCGUUAAUAGUGUUACCGGUGAGGACGAGUUCCCAGAUCAGUCGACCGCUGGACCAGAACUUGUGCGAGGAGGCAAGGACAAGAUGGAGAAGAGGAUAGAAGACAGGAAGGAGAAGACGGUUGCAAUUCGCGAACGUGUCGAGAAUCUACGCAGGAAGAUGAGGAACGUUGGGGGCAAAGAAAUGUCGGCAAAGGAGAGGGCUUUCGCGGAAGAGGUUGCCAAGCUCGAGAGGACGAUUCUACCGGAGCCUCGAGUACCGACAAGUCCAGGCGCGCUCCUCAAAAUGGAGAACAGCGAGCUUACGAUCCGCACGGAAUCGGAAGAUCUGGAUACGGAAGAGCGAGAUACCAUCGCUGGUCGCUUCAAGGCCGUCGAGGAUGUGUAUAAGCAGCUCACAUCGCAAGCAGCCGAAGUGCAAAACGAGCUCGAGUCGCGGCAAAAGAGCGCGACCGAAUCGCGGCCUACUACGCCCAAUGCCCAUGGCGCGGACUUUAGACAGCAGAAGUUGGCACAGGUCUUUGCGUUGUUGGACAGGGAGACGGCACUGAUUGAGGCUGUUGGCGAGAGAUUGGAGAAGCUACAAGUUGCGAGCAGAUGA